ACGAUUUUAAACCUUAACGGGUUCAUUCUCGCAAUUUCUGACUCCAUAUGAAAAACUUGUUAUCAUCACUCUCAUGUGCCAAACUCACACCUUCAAUCUACAACAACCAUCUUCUAGAUUUCUUCGAUUCUCUUCUUCUUCAACGAUGUUUCACUCUCCGACAAGCUCGUCAAAUUCACACCCAAUUAAUCCUCACAACCGCCCACCAUUCUUCCUUCUUAUCCGCCAGGCUCAUAGCAACAUACGCCCGUUUCGGUUCUAUUUUCGAAGCUCGGAAAGUGUUCAAAACCACCCCAAUUGAGUCUCUUCACAACAUCCUUUUAUGGAAUUCCAUUAUUAGAGCCAAUGUAUCUCAUGGGUAUUAUGAAUAUGCUGUUCAACUUUAUGUUCAAAUGCGAAAGUUUGGAUUUUUACCUGAUGGGUUCACCCUGCCUUUGAUAAUCAAGUCAUGUUCUUGUCUUGGUGUACUUAGUCUUUGUAAGAUUGUUCAUUGUCAUGUUUUGCAAUUGGGUUUUAGGAGUCAUGUUCAUGUUGUGAAUGAAUUGGUGGGUAUGUAUGGGAAAGUUAGGAGAAUGGAGGAUGCCUGCCAAGUGUUUGAUGGAAUGGUUGUGAGAAGUGUUUUGUCGUGGAAUACUUUGGUUUCGAGUUAUGCUUUUAAUCUUGAUUCUGUUGGUGCUUCUAGGAUUUUUAAACGGAUGGUGUUGGAAGGUUUGAAGCCAAAUUAUGUAACGUGGACGUCUCUUUUGUCCAGUCAUGCUAGAUGUGGACUUUAUGAUGAAACUAUGGAGUUGUUUAAGUUGAUGAGAACAAAGGGAAUUGAGAUUAGUGCUGAAGCUAUAGCUGUGGUGUUGUCUGUGUGUGCUGAUAUGGAGGGAGUUCAAUGGGGGAAAGAAAUUCAUGGGUAUGUUAUUAAAGGUGGAUAUGAAGAUUAUUUGUUUGUGAAGAAUGCAUUGAUAGGGACUUAUGGGAAGAAGCACGAACAUCUGGGUGAUGCGCAUAAAAUAUAUUCUGACAUAAAGAAAAAGAAUUUAGUAAGUUGGAAUGCUUUGAUAUCGUCAUAUGCUGAAUCCGGAUUAUGUGAUGAGGCCUAUGAGGUAUUUUUGCAGCUGGAGAAAUCGAAUGGUCAUCCGGCGGUGAGAGCCAAUGUCAUAAGUUGGAGUGCUGUGAUUAGUGGUUUUGCUUCCAAGGGGUGUGGCGAGGAGUCACUGGAACUGUUUAGGCGAAUGCAGCUUAAAAUGGUAAUGCCCAAUUGUAUCACUAUAUCAAGUGUUUUAUCAGUUUGUGCUGAAUUAGCAGCAUUGAACUCUGGCAGGGAGCUCCAUGCUUAUACAGUUAGGAAUCUCAUGGAUGACAAUAUUUUGGUGGGGAAUGGUCUGAUUAACAUGUAUAUGAAGUGUGGGGUUUUCAAAGAAGCACAUUUAGUAUUCGAUAAUAUUAAGGGUAGAGAUUUAAUCUCAUGGAACUCACUAAUUGGGGGUUAUGGAAUGCACGGGCUUGGUGAGAAUGCUUUAAGAACUUUUGAUGAGAUGAUUAAAGCAGGAAUGAGACCAGACAACAUCACAUUUGUUGCUGCUCUAUCUGCGUGUAGUCAUGCUGGUCUUGUUGCUGCGGGUCGCAACCUUUUUGAUCGGAUGGUUACAGAGUUUAGGAUUGAGCCUAAUGUAGAGCACUAUGCAUGCAUGGUUGAUCUCCUCGGUCGUGCCGGGCUUUUGCAAGAAGCGAGUGAUUUUGUGAAAAACAUGCCAAUUGAACCUAAUGAGUGUGUUUGGGGAGCUCUUUUAAAUUCAUGUAGAAUGUACAAAGAUACAGAUGUUAUAGAAGAAACAGCAUCACAAAUUCUAGCCCAUAAGUCAGAAAUAACUGGGAGCUUCAUGCUUCUGUCCAAUAUUUAUGCUGCAAAUGAAAGAUGGGAAGAUUCUGCAAGGGUCAGGGUCUCGGCAAAGAAAAAAGGUUUUAAAAAAGUACCUGGUCAGAGUUGGAUUGAGAAAGGUGCGCUAAAGUUUGCAUAUUUGGAUGCUUCCAUAAGGGCAUAGAAGUUAAGAGGGGCAUAUCCAUCAUCAGAAAUGUGACAAGCUAGCUUGUUAGCUUCAUAAUCAAGUACAGGUCCUGCUGUUGUCACCUUUAUGAUGGGGAGGUUGGGCUAUUUUUACUUCUCCUCAGGUUCAUCUAUUUCAUGGUUAUUUCUUCCUCUCUUUGAUAGCUCAGUGUCCUUCAUGCAUUUGGUAGAUAUUCUACCUCAAAUAUGUUUCAGCUUCCUUCUAAGAUAUGCAUUUAUCUAGGAAAGAUGAAUUUUAAACUGUUCUUGUUUGCUUUCGUCCCCAUCUUUAUGUUUUUUAAUUGUUGCCUGAAUUUUAAUUUAUUUGCAUAUGCAGACCUUGAUAGAUUUCCCAAAUUUACUUUAGGAAACAGUCUUGAUCAAUGAAAAUAGAUAAAGCAAAUUGUUUAGUUUACGCAUUAAUAAAUCAUUUUAUCGAUGAAAAUAGACUUUAAAGCAAUGCGAAAAGCUAUCCUCUUUCAUGACUAUUGUUUAGUUUACGCAUUAAUAAAUCAUUUGAUCAGUUCUUUAUUUCUUAUGUUAAUUCUCUACCUGGUUCAUCACAGUGUACUUCUACUAUAGGGAAUAAAUAUAUGAAAUAAAUAACUGAUAGUAGAAUCAAAGGAGUAUAACACAUGUACAUGCUUAAUUUUUUCUAACUACUACUGGUGCCUAAUUUCUUCUUAGACAUUUCUUAAAACUAUAGUGAGUUCUACUAGUGUUAAGUUGUUAUAUAGAGCUUGUGUUAUCUACUAGUGAGUUCUAAAGGCCCUCUAGUUUAUACGUUUUCUUAACUACAACAUAAGUUGAUUGUACAUUUUUUAAGGAAAAAAGAAAAAGAAAUUAGGUGAUAAAUUGAUUGGUUGUGUUUAAUCUAUAUGAAAGGCCAAUUCAUGAGAUAACGUCCUUACACCUGACACCAUGGUCUUGGAGGUUAGGCCUGUUCAAAAAACUGUUAAGCCAAACUUCAUUGAAACUAACCGAACCACUUCUGUUAGUUUAAGAAUCACACCUAUAUUUCACACACAAUUCUCUAAUUUGAAUCGAAUCUUACGAAUCACGAACACCUAUAGGACUAGGCGUGUCGUGGUCUCUGACACGCGUCAGUGUAGGAGACUCGAUGACACUCGUAUGAUACAUGUCUGAAAAUUCAAACAAGCAUUCCACUUUUUCUUCUUUGCUUUAACACUUCUUAAACCGGUUCCGACACCCGUAUGAUACCCUUACAAUACGUGUCUAACAACUCAUACAAUGUGGGAAGUGUACGAUUAACCCUCUAGUAUCCAAGAGAAUGUGUCUUCUCCCUUUUGACUCCUUCACAAAAUUGUAGACUGAAGCACAUCACUCCCCACAUUCUCAUGAAGCAGGCGUCAUAAUCAAGAGAUGGACGCUCAUCUAAAUAAAUGGGCGGUUAGAGCGUCUCGUGUGGUCAACGCAUCACCUCUUGUCCUGAGAGAGUUAUGACGGUGGAUCUUCACACUUAUACCAAUACAAAUAUG